AUGACAACCACACGCUCUCCGUUUGACUGGUCGGUCACCGAUCCGCACCACAACACCGAGUACAUGCGGUUUGCAUCGCGUCGUUCCACAGUACUCUCCACCAAAGGUGUCGUCGCAUCUUCGCAGCCGCUCGCCUCUUCGGCGGGUAUCGAGAUUCUCAAUGCCGGUGGCAAUGCUGCGGAUGCUGCUGUUGCCGUCGCUGCGGCACUCAACGUUACUGAGCCUUGCAAUACCGGUAUUGGAGGAGACGCAUUCUGCCUUUUCUACGAUGCCGAAAAACGUACCGUUCGCGCAUUCAAUGGUUCAGGCCGUGCACCUCAAGCCAUGACGCUCGACAUGCUGCGUUCCAAAGGCGUUCAGGGCGUCGAGAUUCCUGGUAAUAGCAUUCAUAGCGUCACCGUCCCCGGAGCCGCGGCGACCUGGGUGGAUACCGUCGAAAAGCUCGGUAGCGGCAAGCUCACAAUGCAGGACAUCCUCGCUCCAGCCAUUCGACUGGCGGAACAGGGAUACCCGGUGCACGAGGGCACCGCAUAUCUGUGGGCUCGUAGCGAAAAACUCAUCAAGAGCGCUUCGCCCAACGCCGACGAAAUGCUCUAUCAUGGCCGCGCACCUCGGACGGGAGAAUUGAUGCGCAUGCCGACGCUAGCACGUACCUUGCGCGAGCUCGCAACGAAGGGCAAACAAGGUUUUUACACGGGACGCGUUGCACAAGCCAUUGUCGAUGUCGUCCAGUCUCAAGGUGGAGUGCUGGAGCUCGACGAUCUCAAGGACCACCUCGACCGGGGCACCGAAGAGGUUGAGCCGAUCAAGUACACCUACAACCACCCAGCUGGAGCGCGCGACCUGGCGGGCAAGGAGGGCGUCACCAUGUACGAGUGCCCACCCAAUGGCCAAGGUCUCACCACGCUCGUUGCACUGGGUAUCCUUGACCAGCUGCAAAACCAGGGCAAGGUGGGCGACCUCGCUCAAGUCAAGCACAACUCUGCGGAAUACCUGCAUGCGCUGAUCGAAGCAUUGCGUCUAGCGUUUGCUGAUACUCGAUACCAUGUGUCGGACCCGCACCACUCGCAACACGAUGUCGCAGCUCUUUUGCUCAAGCCUGAGUAUCUUGCUGAGCGAGCGCGCUUGUUUGAUCCGAAGAAGGCCUCGGCGGAGCUGGAGAAGGGGAGUCCGGCGAAUACGUGCGAUACCGUCUACUUUUCCGUCACUGAUCAGUAUGGCAAUGCGUGCAGCUUUAUCAACUCGAACUAUGCUGGGUUUGGAACGGGCGCUGUGCCCGCCGGAUGCGGUUUCACGCUGCAGAACCGCGGUGCGGGAUUCACGCUCGUGGAUGGCCACCCGAACUGCGUUGCUCCGCGCAAGCGUCCGUACCACACCAUCAUCCCCGCCAUGGCUACACGUGGUGACGAGCUCUUCCUCUCCUUUGGCGUCAUGGGAGGCUUCAUGCAACCGCAAGGUCAGCUUCAGGUGCUGUUGAACAUCCUCCACCAUGGCUUCUCGAUCCAGGACGCUCUCGAUGCCCCGCGCUUCUGCAUCGGCGCCGGCAUGGUCGGUCCAGAAGGCGCCACCUCGCAAGUCUACCUGGAGCACGGCGUUGAUCAGGCCGUCGUGGAUGAGCUGCAACGCAUGGGCCAUCAAGUCAACGUCGUGAACGGCUGGGGCAGGUUGCAGUUCGGAAGAGGUCAGGUGAUUCAAAAGGUUCACAACGAUGUGGGCAAGUUGGUCUGGGCGGCAGGUUCCGAUCCGCGUGCGGAUGGUCAGGCAAUUGCUCAGGUGUGA